AUGUUGGCAAAAACUCGACAAUUCUUCUUGCACCUUCACCAAACCACGGGCAUACUGUUGGAUUUCGAUAUGUUCCGAGCAUCUGCUGCUAUCGCUCAAGAGGGUGCCAUUUCCUACCGCCAUCCAAAUGACCUGAAAUCUAUGAAAAAUGGGUCUCUGGAGCUUCCAGCCAAGGUUGAAAAUUUCAAGGCUUGGAGUUCGACCGCGCUGAAAUGCACAAAACAGGUGAUUGAAGAAAAGCUGGGCACAACCACGCCUACCCGCGAUCCCGAAAUCGAAGCCAAAGUUGGCGUUUUGAAGUAA